UCUUGAGACAAUAGAAUCACUGGAAGUUCAGAGGUUGGGAGGCUGAAAAACUGGGAGCAUGUAGCAUGGUGGGACCUUCUAGAGAAAUAGGGAAGGUAGAGGAGUGGGGAGGGCUCCGGGGGAAAGAGAAGUUCUCCUGGACACUGAGGGUACCAUGUCUACCAGACAUCCAGAGGUCUGAAAGGCUGUUGGAGGUGGGAUUGGAGGUCACCAUCACAGCCCUUCCGUCCAUCCUUCUUUUCAUCCAUCCAUCCAUUUCAGUUCAUUGAUCCAUCCUUCCAUCUACCCCCCAUCCUUCCCUCCAUCCUUCCAUCUUUUCCUCAUCCAUCCUUUCCUCCAUCUUUCCAUUGAUCCAUUCAUUCAACCAUCUGUCCAUCCUUCGAUCCAUCCACCCUUCCAUCCGUCCGUGCAAUUGCCCUUCCUUCCAUCCUUUUUGUCUAAUCCCCUUUCCUUCUGCAUCCAUCCCUGGGCUCCAACGUGGAAUAACACCAGUGUCCUUGCUUCUACUCUCCUGCCAAGCUGGUCCUCCCUUCUCCCUUCACCUGUAUCCCGUGGCUCCCCACUCCCACUCAGCACCUGCUAAUUAGUCUUCCUGUGUCACUCGUGCGAAUUGGAUUCGAAUGAGUCAUGCAAAGGGGUCAGGGUCAGGGUCAGGGUUGUGGAGAGGGGAGCAGUCAAGGCAGCGGCAGGUCCCUCUUGGCUGGGGACCCCUCUUCCAGGGGAGCGUUAUCUGUGGGGGGCUGAGCCAGGUGCCCCGGAGGCAAGUUGCACUGUGGCCACCCGGUUAGGGAGGACUUCCUGCCAGUGGUGUCUGCCCCUUCCCCCGUGGGGGGCUGGAGUCUGGCUGCCUCGGGGCUGCACUCGCUGGGGCUGCCUCGGGGCUGCACUCGCUGGGGCUGCCUGUUCUGACCUCUCCCAGAGCCCCCCUCCCCCCAUCCCCCCGGGGUCCUGUUUGCCAGUGAGCCAGGCAGUCCCACAAGCCCUUUCCGGUUUCCUCAUUUCCCACAGGACCAUGGACACGGACCUGGCGAUCCGGGCCUUGGAGAAGGAACUCUUGUGCCCGGUCUGCAGGAACUUCUUCCGGGACCCGGUCACGAGCCCUUGCGGCCGCACCUGGUGUCGCGCCUGCUUCCCCGGGGGGGCCCCCGGGGAGCUGCGGACCAGCCUGCGCCUGGACAGAGUGCGGUCCCUGCUGCUGCGCCUGCAGCCCCGGCGGCCCCGUGAGCUCCCCCGGGACCACUGCCCCCUGCAUAUGGAGCCCUUCGCGUUCUUCUGCUGCCAGGACUGGGAGCGCGCAUGCAAAGUGUGCAGAUACUCCCAGGAGCACUCGAAGCACCACAUGAUCCCCCUGGCCCCCCAGAGCCCCUCCGGUGAGUGAGCGGGGGCCAGCCUUUGCCCGUCGCAGGCGCCGGGGUGGAGGAGAGGCACUGCACUGGCCAGGAAGGGGCAGGGGCGAACCCCACCGUGCCGGCCGGCCUCCCCGUGUGUCCGGCUGAAGCUCCACUGGCAUCUGGCCGAAGCUCCCCGUGCGUCCAGCUAAAGCUCCCCUGUGCGUCCGGCCAAAGCUCCCCUGGCAUCCGGCCGAAGGUCCCUGUGCUCCCCACAGUGUGGCCCCGAAGCCGUCCCGGCCCAAGUGGAGGAUGUGCAAUAAUAAAUAAUGGCACCGUCUGUACUGCCUUCUCAUCUCUGACCCUCGCGGCCA